AUGGAGAAAAAACAAAAACAAAAUUUGGUGCCAGAGGAAGCAUGGGUGAAGAUAUUGACUAGAUUAUCAUUGAGAAGCAUCGCUAGAUUCAGAUCAGUCUGCAAAGAAUGGAAAUCUACGAUCGAUUCCGACUUCUUCCGAGAUCUCUACGAGUCUGUGAGCUCUUCCUCAUCCUCCGUUUCGUGGUCAAUCUUCAUGAACAAUUGUAACAGAACAGAGAUCAUAGGACACCAUAGAUGCGAGAGAUGGGGACUUACCGAUUCCUUAGGCUCUUUCAUUACGCGUCCCAUUGAGACCACCACCACAGUGAGAAAAACUUGUGUCUUGAGCUGCACGGAUGGAUUGGUAUUGCUUUACACCGAAACCAUCGAAGGAGCACCAAUGUAUCAUGUCGGAAACCCGUUGUUGCGACAAUGGGUUCUGAUCCCUUUUCCUCCGCAUCUCUCAGGUUAUGAUGUCGUGAGGUUACAGGAGACUCAAUAUUUUAACGACAAUGGACUGGUCACAAAGAUAGAAAAGGGUAUUGUCGUGGGUUACAAGGUUGUCUGGACGUCGGUCUCUCGUGUUGUGUCUAAUCAACUCACUUUUAUGAUAUAUUCCUCUGAAACAGGAUCGUGGAUGACAAAAGAGGUUCGUUGUCGCCAAAGCUUAAUCUGGACUAGAUUAGCGCAUUCGGUUCCUUUAAACGGGCGUCUUCACUGGCUUGCUACGAUUGAUAACUCCUCCAUGGACGCAAAUUAUGUUGUCUACUAUGAUUUCUAUAGUGGAGGUGAUGAGUCUACUAUGAUUCCUUUUCCUGAUAUCCAACAAUAUCAAGACACUCGGCGUUUCAAGAGAACAAUCACAACCUCUGCUGGAUCCUUGAUGUAUUGCAACGUUUUCAGUGAUAAUAAUAGUGCACUCUGUACAAUCAGGGUUUGGAGGCUGGUCGGUACGCAUGAGCAUCCUAAUUCAUGGCAUCUCUUUUGGCAAGUCAUCGCCAGGGGUAAUGGUGUUGAUUAUUUCCCCCUGGUGAUGCAUCCUUUCAACUCUGAUAUCAUGUACUGUUGGAGUUGUAACAGGGACUCUCUGGUCAUGUUUAACUUGAGGGCACGCAAGUGUAGUCUUUACAAGGAGGGAAUGAAGAACAAGUCUAUGGAUGGUUGUAUCAUGAGAAUUAGCGGUUGCAAGGAGUUUAUGGACACCAUCUAUCCAAAGCUCGCCAAUGAUAUGUACGCUCCUUCUCACAAUCUCUUCGUUUCGCAGUUCGUUCUCCCACGCUGGCUAAACCCGCUCCCUCAGCUUGCUUCUUGA